AUGUUUUCCAGAGCCCUUUUUAGAAAUGUUCGCGUGAACAGAAGCUUGCUAGCCGUUCCAGGCAAAAACGCCAUGAGAGCGAUGCCAAAGAUGACCCAGUUUCAGUCCAUAAGGAAGUACUCUGACCAACACGACGAAGAGACCUUCGAAGAGUUCACCGUAAGAUACGAAAAAGAGUUUGACCAGGCUUACGACUUGUUCGAAGUGCAGAGAGUGUUGAACAACUGUUUCUCUUACGAUCUCGUGCCUGCACCAGCUGUGGUCGAAAAGGCCCUCAGAGCCGCCAGAAGAGUGAACGACUUGCCUACUGCUAUCCGUGUGUUCGAAGCUCUUAAGUACAAGGUUGAGAACGAGGAGCAGUACAACGCUUACUUGGAGGAGUUGAAAGACGUUAGAGCCGAGCUGGGGAUCCCUCUGAAGGAGGAAUUGUUUACCAACUAG